AAAAUUGAAUUAAAGAAUAAUAAGUUGGCCUCACGCCGUGGCUUCGGCUUCUUGAGACAUAGAGUGGACAACUUCAAUUAGAAGCGUUCAUCACGGGCAUUGUCCAAAUCAUUGCUCUCUCUCUUUCAGUCUCACCCACUCUCAUUUUUCAUAAUCGGUUAAUGCUCAAAGUCUUUCCCGUUAGAAAUGUGAAUCAAAAGAAAAAAAAAAAAAUCUUUAUUAAUUAAUGGUCCUUUCAAUUGUAUAUAUAAAUAAAUUAAUAAAGACGUGAGCAUUGAGAUGCGCAACCAAAUUGUGGUUUGAAGCAAAAGCCACGUUUUGUUAAGGCUGAAGUCUCAUAUCAAAUCCCAGACCACUUACAAGUCUCAGAAUUCGAUCACUAUUUUUCUUCUUCAAAUAAUUUAUUUAGGAUUGUUUUAGGCACAAUUGCAAUCUUCUGAUCUUCGAUUUUGUUUGUGGGUGUAAUGGAGAAUAGUUUGGGUCUUCUUAAAAUUCACGUACAGAGGGGUGUAAACCUUGCUAUCAGAGACUCCGCAACCAGUGACCCAUAUGUUGUUCUCAAGCUGGGAAAGCAGAAGGUGAAGACUUGUGUGGUAAAGAAAAAUGUGAACCCGGAAUGGAAUGAUCUUCUCACUCUGUUAGUUUCAGAUCCAAAUACUCCAGUCAAGCUGUGUGUAUAUGACAAAGACACCUUCAGCUUUGAUGACAAAAUGGGUGAUGCAGAGUUUGAAAUAGGUCCAUAUAUUAAGGCCUUAAAGAUGGGCUUAAAGGGCCUCCCAAAUGGAACCAUAAUCACAAAAGUCCAGCCGAACAGGCAGAACUGCCUAGCUGAAGAGAGCCGAAUUUAUUUCAACAAUGGCAAAGUUGUUCAGGAUAUGGUUCUGAGACUGAGGAAUGUAGAGUGUGGUGAAGUUGAACUUCAACUGCAGUGGGUUAAUAUCUAAAAUUCAUAUGAUUCCUAAAGUGAUUGCAUGUGGGCAUGUCAUAAGAUAAUUAAUUAAUUACUGUGUCCCUUCUUUUUAUCUGUAGUUCUGUAAAAGCUAGAAGACAUAUAUAUUAGGUAGUAUCCUCCCAUGUAAAUUUGUUAUUCUGAGUGGGAUGUGAGAAAACCGAGUUAAGUACUGCUUUAUAAUUAGCCCUUGCAAUCUAGUUAUUAUUUCCAUACAAGAUAAUAGUCUGGUCUUACAUGGUCAUUGUUUGUUAUAUGUUCUCUUGCAUAUUUUAUGGCUGAGGACUAUAUAAUAAUACUCAUCUAAGGUACCGAAAUGGGACAACUUAUCUUCA